CCCAAUAUGGCGGCGAAUAUUGAAAGCGAAGAGGCAACUACUAUCAAUGAUGUAAUUUCUGCUGCAAAAACUAGAGAGAAAUACAAACCUAUUGAAGUGAAUAAACAAAUAGAACCAGAAACUGAUCUUGGAAAUCUCUUAAUUGCUGACAUCAAUUUGUUUGAGCGGAAAAACUUCAAGUGAGUAUACACGUGGUACUGAAGAAUAUAUGAAAAAAUGCUUAGCGUAGAAAAUAAUAUCGUUAUCUUUAUAUAAAAUAAUAUUUCCAGAAAGGAAAAAGAUGAAAUUCUUAAGAAAGUUGCAAGAGACAAUACACAGUUUCUUUUUAAUGCCAUUUGGAAGGUAAAUAUAAACAGUUGAAGGUUUACUUUAAGGAAGUGGAUAUUCGUCCGACAUUUCCAUAAUCAUUAAACUCGUUAAAUAUAAAACUGCGUAAAUUUAACUGAAAUUCAAGCGAUUCCUCCGUAGUGUUGUGGUUUAGGCACCCGUAUUGUGUGCGCCGAGUUCUGGGAUCGAUUCCUGCUCGUGCCACAAUUUUAUUAUUUUUUUUUUAUACUUUUUUUUUCUUCGUGAUUUUCGCGUACGAAACCGUCGAAAUGUAUAGCGUAUAUAAUAAUAUGUUGUUGCUUCGUUCUUAAGAAACAACGCAAGCAUUUAGUGGUUUAGUGUUAGCUUUUAAAGCGUUGUCGGAUUAAUAGCCGUGAAGCAAGAAGAUCCGGUGUCGGACGAAUAUCCACGGGGUUACUUUAAUAAAUCCAAAACACCCUUUCGAUAAUUACUUCAUUUGGCCUGGGAGCCUCACUGUCAUGAUUCAUGAGACAAUCACCUUGCGUAAUUUACUGAUGAGAGCGAGGCUCCAGGACCAAAAAGUAUGUGUGAUGUAAUUAUUGAAAGGGUGUUUUAAAUUACAUUGCACCCUGAAUGUGCCCUACUUUAUUAUGUUGCUAUGUCUUUGCUGCCACUUAAUGGGUUAAUGUGUCUAGUUAACCCAUUAAGUUGCAUUGUGUGUUCAACUGUUCGAGAUUCCAUUUCUUAAGUCUAUGUAUUUUCUACCAAAUACAAGAGUACAUUUAAUGAAAAGAAUCAAAAUUUCACCAUUCUGGUACAUGCAAAUUUACCAUCAUUGGCUACAUGGUAGUGCUUAGGGUAGUGCUUAGUGAAUUGGUGUGUAUAGGACUCCACAACUGAGUACACAAUGACCCUACUCUGUCCAAUACCAGACAACUCAUCAAGGAGGAGUGUUGGUGCUCCAUGGGUUAAACAUGGUUGCCUGGUCAGAUUAAAUCCUAGUGCUUAGUGAAUUGGUGUGUAUAGGACUCCACAACUGAGUACACAAUGACCCUACCCUGUCCAAAACCAGACAACUCAUCAAGGAGGAGUGUUGGUGCUCCAUGGAUUAAACAUGGUUGCCUGGCCAGAUCCUGACCAAUGCUAUUCCUAUUGACGUACACUAUACCUACACUUGACCCAGGCUGCAUUUGAUUCAGAUAAUGUUUUCAUUUUGUUUUGUUAUUUGGUUUUCAGCUACCAAUAGAAAAGUCUGAACAUGUUGUCCUAGUGAAGGUACUGCAUAUUUAAAUAUUGAACAGAAUAUUCUUUGUUAUUUGUGGUAACAUCUAAUAGAAUAAUUUCUGUUGUUUUUCUAGCUUCCAGAAGCCAGCACAGUGCUCCCUCGUGAAAAACCAGUAUGUUCCUUUGUGCAUUAAAAUCUAGAACUCGUAUGAUUAAGCUGUGACAGUGUCAUGACUAUCUAAAUCACUAAGCCUAUUAAAUAUUCUUUGACAAUAGAUUCCCAAACCAAAACCACUUACAAAAUGGCAAGAGUUUGCAAAACGAAAGGUAGUUAAAAAACAAGUUUUUAAAAAGCUGCAUUUACUUUAGUGAAAGACACAUACUAUUAUAAUAUUGAACAAUAUGAUAUUAUCGAAACCAGGGAAUAAGGAAACAGAAAAGAGGCAGAAAGUUAUGGGAUGAAACAAGUCAAGUAAGUGAUCUGUUAGAAAUUGAAAUACUAUUUAAAUUCUUUAAAGAUGCAGUAAAGUCCGUUCUGCGCAUAUAUUCUGUGCAUCAAAACAUUCCAUCAUUGGGGGAGCAACCUUUGGAAAUUAUGUUGUUAAUAUUUUGCACCUUCUCAACUUUCUUGAAUUGAAUCUCUAGUCUGUAUUCAUUUACAAGCAUAACGGACCAGAAAAGUGUUAAAAAUUCAGUAUAAUAUAUAUCUAAUCAUAUUUUACAACUGUAGCACUGAGUUCAAAAUGUAAACAAAGCGUUUGUUUACAUUACGGACUUUACAUCACCUUUAAGUUGCAUUGUGCCCCAAUGCACUAUUAUCAGAACAGCUCGCCAAAAAUUUUGGGAAAAUAAAUAUUAAUUAGUGCUUGCAGUGACUUUUGGCUUGAUACCCCCCAUUCAAGGAGGUCUAGUGCCAAUCCUGUGUAUUACUGUACUUUGUCUAAAGCCAAUUAGUCUGAUUAACCCACUUAUUAGUCUGAUUAACCCACUUAUUAGUCUGAUUAACCGCCACCCAUUGGGUUAAUCAGACUAAUAAUGUGGUUUAUUUUAUUAUGGUACACUGUCUAACACCAGGCAAUUUUACUUGUCAAGAGGACAGCACUGGAACUCAGUUUGUUCUGUGUUUAUACUGUGUUGCUGCCAACUCACUCUAUUCAUUGCAGACGUGGAAACCAAGGUGGGGAUUCAAACGAGCGAAUGAUAACACGAAUGAGUGGUUGAUUGAAGUUCCAGGCAAUGCAGGUAAGGAUCUCAAGACUCUGUCUGCUGAUGUCUUUGAUUUGCUUGUACAAGCUGCUCAGGAAAAUUGCUGUCAUGAUGUUACGUUCUCUAGAUCCUUAUGAAGACCAGUUUUUAAAACGUGAACAGGAGAAGAAAGAAAGAGUGGCGAAAAAUGACUUUCAAAGAUUAAAAAAUAUUGGUAGAUCUCAAAAAAGUAUGUAGCAUUUUUCAGGUUCUUGAGUUUAAUAAUUUUACGAUAUUUGUUUUAUUUUGCUGACUUAAUCUACAUAUAUUUUACAGAAGGAAGUGAAUUGACCCCCACUCAGAAACCUACUCGAAAUCAGGUAUGUUAACACAUUCAACAAAACUGUUUGAAUUGACUGAUGAUGUUUUUAUUGUAGGUCAAAGCUACAAUUGACUGAUGAUGUUUUUAUUGUAGGUCAAAGCUACAAUUAAUGCUGCCAGAGUAUCAAAUGCCUCCAUGGGAAAAUUUACUCCAAAACUGGUUAGUCUUUUAAAUAUUUUUAAUCUUGUAUUCUCUGUGUGUUUAAUUUGAAAAUCAUGUCAUCACACUGCAAUUGAUUCCUUUUCAUUUAGCAAAAUGAAACUCAACCAAAGAAGUCUGGAAAAAAACGAAAGGUACUGCUGGCGUUUACACAUUGCAGAAGAUGGCAGUCAACUUCCAAAAUGUUGAGACUUACUGUACUGUAUAGAUGCAAGCAAUUUCAACUACAUCUUUCAAUUCUAUUUAUACAAGAGUUCUACAUAUAAUGAAAAUAAGGGA